AAGAUUGGGUCAAACAAUUAACUCGUCAAAGGGGCUACACAGAUCAAAUGGUGGAGGAAGCUAAUGCUGUAAUUCUUACCUUUGGGUCUUACCGUCUUGGGGUACAUGGAUCUGGGGCUGACAUAGACACUUUAUGUGUUGGACCAUCUUAUGUAAAUCGAGAGGUGACAUGGGUUUAGCUGGCAAUUGUUUACUUUAAAUAAGUCUGAUUGCCUUUCUGUUUCAGUUCUACUAAUAUUUGUUUGAGUUUAUUCACCCAGGAAGAUUUCUUCAUUAUUUUGCAUAAUACUCUGGCUGAAAUGGAAGAAGUUACUGAACUUCAACCGGUUCCAGAUGCCCAUGUCCCUGUUAUGAAAUUUAAGUUCCAGGGAAUAUCAAUUGAUCUUCUUUAUGCGAGUAUAUCUCUUUUGGUUGUUCCAGAUGACUUUGACAUUUCUCAUGGGUCUGUGCUGUAUAAAACUGAUGAACAAACUGUUCGAAGUCUUAAUGGGUGCAGGGUUGCUGAUCAAAUCCUUAAACUUGUUCCAAAUGUUGAGCACUUCCGGACGGCACUCAGAUGUUUGAAGCUUUGGGCGAAAAGACGUGGUGUAUAUUCUAAUGUAACUGGAUUUUUAGGAGGUGUUAAUUGGGCUCUCCUAGUUGCACGUGUCUGCCAGCUCUAUCCCAAUGCAAUUCCCAGUAUGCUGGUUUCUCGAUUUUUCAGAGUGUAUACCCAGUGGCGGUGGCCAAAUCCUGUGAUGCUGUGUCCAAUAGAAGCAGAUGAACUUGGUUUAACUGUAUGGGAUCCUCGGAAGAAUCCUCGUGAUCGGUUGCAUCACAUGCCCAUAAUAACUCCUGCAUACCCAUGCAUGAACUCUAGCUAUAAUGUCUCUCUAAGCACUCUUCGUGUUAUGGUGGAACAGUUUAAAUGUGGUAACAAGAUGUGUGAGGAGAUUGAGCUGAACAAAGCACAAUGGAGUGCUUUGUUUGAGCCAUAUCUUUUCUUUGAGGCAUAUAAAAACUAUCUACAAGUUGACAUAGUUGCAUCAGAUGCUGAUGAUUUGCUGGCAUGGAAGGGCCGGGUGGAGUCACGCCUUAGACAGCUUACUUUGAAGAUAGAGCGAGACACAAAUGGGAUGUUGCAGUGUCAUCCUUACCCAAAUGAGUAUGCAGAUACAUCCAAGCAGUUCCCACAUUGUGCUUUCUUUAUGGGCUUGCAGAGGAAAGAGGGAGUGAAUGGUCAGGAAGGUCAGCAAUUUGAUAUACGUGGGACAGUUGAAGAGUUCAGGCAAGAGAUUUAUGAGUAUUUGUUCUGGAAACCAGGAAUGGAAAUUUUUGUUUCUCAUGUUCGGAGGAAGCAGCUUCCUGCCUUUGUUUUUCCUGAUGGGUAUAAACGACCCCGAUCAUUGAGGCCUCUAAGCCAGCAGGGUGGAAGAACCUCUGAAGACAUUACACGGUCUCAGUCUGGUUCUGCAGAGAGACAACUUAAGAGAAAGCAUGAUGAUGGUUUAGUAGAUUCUAAACCAGAGAAGCGGGCCUCUAUCAGCCCCCAGAGGCUUGAGGUUGUUUCUCCAGAAAGCAAUACAAGUGUGUCUGGUGGAAGAUCUCAUGUUAGUUUUGGUGAAGCAGCUAAAUUAGAAUGCGCAACAAAUGGGGAUGUUGAUUGCAAUUCUGUGGUUAGGUCAUUAACUGAGCAGGUAGACAGUGGAAAGGGAACUUUGGGGUUUACCAACCAACAGGGGAAAACUGUUGAUUGUAAUCCUGCUACCUUAAGCAAGCAGACAUCGUUAGAUGUGCAUGUUUUUUCAUUGGUUAGGAAUGAUGUAACCUCAGCUGAAGCAGUCAAAACCAUUCCUAGACAAGAUCAUCUUGCUUCAUCUGAAGUUCCCAGUUUGGAAGUAAAAGAAACAUGCAAGGCCACAUUUAAUCAGGAUUCAAUUGCAGAUUUAGAAUCAGCUUGCAUGGAUGAUUUACAGGAUGGAUCUUCUAGGAGGAGUUUAAACUGGAAAAGGGAUCUUGAAAAGGUUGAUCAAGAGGUAGUCAAACCCUAUAAUCAGACGGCUAUAGUAGAAAUUGCUGAAAGUGUAUUUGGGUCAAAUUCCAAUUCUCAGAACCUCAAUUGCGAGGUGAGUUUCUCUGUUUGAGGAUUUUGGGUUAAAGAUUUGUACCAGAGAGCAGUGAGAAUUCUGGAAGUUCAAGAUUGUGAGAGUCAGGGAUCUUUGCAGGGUGGCAUCUGUGGUGCAGAUUUGGACUCACUUCUGGAAAAUGGACGUCUAAAUGCAAGUGGUGUAUUUCAAAAUGGCAUGACCAAAGAAUUAGAGUUCCUGGUUCUCAUACUGUUUUGGUAUUCUUUAUGUCCCUUUAGUGGCCUUCCUUCCAUAUCAUGGAUCAUUGUUGAUGGUAUGGGAUAAAUUGUUUAUAUUUUAUUUCUGGAUAAUCUUGUUUUCUUGCACUUCAAAGGGUCAGGAAUCCACAAUUUAUGUUGCAAUGGAGUAAGAUCCGUGGGAAUAAAUGACUUUUGAGCAUGUUUUAUGUCUCCCCUUCCUCUUUUUAGCAAAAUUUCACAGUUCUCUAUAUUUCUUUUGAAGAUGUCAUCAAGAAGUCAUUGCAUCCUUUUGUAUUUUAAUCUUACGUUUUUACCAACCUAAGUAUGGUUUGCACUGUCAAUUUCCUAAGUCCCAACUGGUGCAUAUGCAGUGGCAGGUCUUGCACCACCAUACGUGCUAUGUCUCCAGUAACUCUGCUUAAAAGCCUGACUGUAUUUUGUGUUAAAGGCUCAGAUACUAUACCCUCCCUCUAAUUUUCAUAUGAUUUGAAUGUUGUUCAGAACCUGACUUGUCUUCUAACUUUGUCUUUGUUGUGUAGCCAAAUAUCACACUUGGGAAGGUUGUGAAAUCUCAAGAUCAAGCUAGGUUGAGUUUGAAGUCAACAGCCUAAUGCUUGGGAGUGAUGCAUGCCAUGAAGUAGUCCUUGUGGAAGGAGAGCUAGCCAGCACCAUGGUAAGUGCCAAUUAAUUGUUGGCUUUCACUAUGGUUUUACAGGUAUACGCUGGAAUGCUUUUGUGUACUUGGAGCGUGGUAGGCCAUGUGCAGAGCCCAGCUGACACACGAAGCUAAUGAAUUAUAUUGGUUCUCUGAGGGCACUUGUCUUCUCAUUUGCUGCCUUAUUUGUGCUGUUGCGGCAUAUGUCUUGGUCUUGUUUUAUGAGUUUGGAUCAUUAAGUGUCAAAAUGUGUAAAGUGACCUGUGGCUUGGGUUGGCAGGUUUUGAUUCUUGUAUCAUUUAGAUCUCAAAACCUUUAUUCAAAUCUUUGUACACUUCGCCUCCUUGUAAUACAGUUCAUUAGCUGUUUCUUGUUAUCUAAUGCUUGCCUCUUUUCUCUCUCUCACGCCUUUUCUUUCAGAUAACCUGGCCAUUGUCAAAUGGUUAUUUUGAUUUGGUAAGAUCUGUCAGGUUUGAGGUUUCAAUGAAACCCAGUAGCUCAAGUUUCUUCAAGAAAAGAGAAGAAGAAGAAAUGGGUGGGUUAAGAUCAAUUCUGUAGAUGGAGUGGAGAUGAGAGAGCAUUCACGGAGGAAGAAGAAAUGGGUUAAGAUCGAUUUUGCAGAGGAUGAAGAUGAGAAAUCAGUUUGCAGGUGACUGGAAUCCAUUGGAGGGGUUUAGCAUGAAGAAGAUGACAUGUCAUCAAAAAAGAAAGUCCAGAUUAGCAU